CUCUCUCUCUAAAGAAUAGUGAACCAGGUCCAUUUGUAGUUAAGACAGUAGAGAUUUUGAGAACAUAGGUUGAUGGAAUAAGGAAGAGAGAGGAGGAAGAAAGAUUGUUUUUGCACUGAUGUGUUCGGAGAACAACGAGAAAAUGACUGGCUGCGAAUUGAAUGAUAAGAAGUGCGGGCAAUUUGGAGACACCACCCUCACUAAGGUGUUUGUAGGUGGAUUGGCGUGGGAGACGCAGAGAGAAGCCAUGAAGCUGCAUUUUGAGCAGUUUGGGGAGAUCCUCGAGGCCGUUAUCAUUUCUGAUAAGAGCACAGGCAGAUCCAAAGGCUAUGGAUUUGUGACAUUCAAGGAUCCAGAAUCAGCCAGGAAGGCUUGUGAAGACGCCACCCCCAUGAUUAAUGGCCGCAGAGCAAACUGCAAUCUUGCUUCUCUUGGGGCUCGACGCCCUCGAACCAGCACCCCUCAACCAGGGCAAGCAGCAAGACCAGCACCUGCUGUUCCCACAGCUGGAUCUAUUCAGUGGUAUUACCACCCCACUCCUAUUCCUUAUCACCAGCAACCUCUUCCAUUCCAUGCUUAUGGGUACUAUCCAACGUACUACACAGAUAUGACUUAUAACCCAAAGAUGAACUAUUGUGGGGGUUACAUGAGUGGACAGAUAUAUAGUGGGGGGCAAGGGGUUGUUCACCCAACAACAACUGCCACUAAUGCAGCCACAAUGAUGCCUGUGUAUCCGCUCUUUCAUUUCCCUCCUCAAUCUCAGACUUUAGGGCUUCCUGCUCCUGCUCCUCAUCACCUAUUUCAUGCUCCUGCCCCUGCUGCUACCCAGGUUGCAACCCUUCCUGCUUAUAUCUCAAAGGCUGCAGCCACUCCAUUGGCUCCCACAGCAGUUUGCUUGGCAAUGGAGCAGGUUCAGGGUUGCAAUUGAAAGUUUCGGUGCAAGAGUUUCAUGGGGUUCCCAUUAUCAAACUUUGUAGCAAGAACGUGUGAAACCAUCUUUUUCUCUCUAUUCUUUUUCUUUUUCUUCUAUAUUUUUUUCUCUUCCCAUUGUUUACUUGUAGCAUGAUUAGAUUCAUUCAUUCUCUCUAACAUGCAUCUUCCGCGGAUGCAAACUUGUAACAGAGAAGCCAUGUAUGUUUACUUGGUUAUUUUAUGGUAAACUUUGUAUGGCUUUGUUUUAAAUAAGUCUAAGAAUUAGCCAUUAAAGUCAUAAUUUGCAA